AUGUGUUUGGAUGACUUGCAGCCCAAGGGCACAUUGAAGAAAGAUAUCGACCGAUUUUCUUCGUGGCAGGAAUUGCCCACAGGAUUCCUAUUGCAACCCCAUACGGGUGAGCUUAGUGUUGCACUAAGCGCACCAGGAAUAUGUAUGACCUUUCAGUCAGAUAUUUUCUAUCAUGACAUAGACUUGGUCAAUCCCUACUACAAGCUUACUGAUCCGUACAUGAACCUCAAUAUCCUAGGGCCUAAGAUCAUCUUCCACAUUGGUCCUAGGGGGAGGGUUGCAAGCGUACUUCAUCCUUGGCAAUACAAACGGGUUGCUUGA